AUGCCAUGCCAGGGACUCCUCCCGCUCCUCCUCCUCCUCCUCCUGGCCCACACCACGGUCCGAGGGGAGUACGGCGUGGUCCACGUGGUGGCGGGGACGUGGAGCAAGGACUACUGCAUCCUCUUCAGCUCCGGCCGUGUCACCCUGCCCAGGGAGCUGCGCCACGCCCCGCUCCUGCCCCUGCACGAUGGCACCACCACCUCCUGGUGCCCAGGCGAGGCCGCCUCCUCCUCCUCCUCCUCCCAGGCCCUGGCCCGCGCCCCCCGGCCCCUCCACCACACCACCGCCAUGGUCCUGAGAGGCAACUGCAGCUUCCACGCUAAGGGCUGGCUGGCUCAGGACCACGGCGCCCACGGGCUGCUCAUCGUCAGCCGGGCCAACAGCCAGCCGUGCUCUGACACCCCCCCGACCCCCCAGGAGCCCCUGAAGGCCCCGCCCGACCUGGCCAUCCCCGUGGCGGUGCUGCGCUAUGCUGACAUGCUGGACAUCUUCAGCCACGCGUCUGGCCGCCCCGCCCCGGUCCGCGUGGCCCUCUAUGCGCCCCCCGAGCCCAUCCUCGACUACAACAUGGUGAUCAUCUUCAUCCUGGCCGUGGGCACCGUGGCCGUGGGUGGCUACUGGGCUGGCGUGACCGAAGCUGACCGGCUGCAACGGCACCGGGUCCACGGAGGCGGAGGCGGGGGACCCAGUGGUGACCCCCACACCGAAACCGCCGGGGCCCGGGCCGGGCCGCUGGAGGACUAUGACGAAGAUGCGCCCGUGGACUUCUCCCCGGCCAUGACGGGCGCCGUGGUGGCCAUGUCCUGCUCCAUCAUGCUGCUGCUCUACUUCUUCUACGACCACUUCGUCUACGUCAUGAUCACCAUCUUCGGCCUGGGCGCGGCCACCGGCCUCUACGGCUGCCUGGCGCCCCUGGUGCGCCGCCUGCCCCUGCAGCAGUGCCUGUGGGCCCUGCCCGGCCACCGCACCUGCCUGCCGCUGCCGCUGCUGCUGCUGGCCGGCCUGUGCACCACGGUGACCGCCCUCUGGGUGACCUACCGCAAUGAAGACCGCUGGGCGUGGCUGCUGCAGGACGCGCUGGGGGUGGCCUACUGCCUCCUGGUCAUGCGGCGCGUGCGGCUGCCCACGCUCAGGAACUGCACCUCCUUCCUGCUGGCCCUGCUGGCCUUCGACGUCUUCUUCGUCUUCGUCACCCCGCUGUUGACCCGCACGGGCGAGAGCAUCAUGGUGGAGGUGGCCUCGGGCCCCGCCCACUCCCUGAGCCAGGAGCGGCUGCCCAUGGUGCUGAAGGUGCCGCGGCUGCGGUUCUCGGCCCUCACGCUGUGCGACCGGCCCUUCUCCAUCCUGGGCUUCGGGGACAUCGUGGUCCCCGGCUUCCUGGUGGCCUACUGCCACCGCUUCGACGUGCAGACCCGCUCCCGCCAGGUCUACUUCGUGGCCUGCACCGUGGCCUAUGCCGUGGGGUUGCUGGUCACCUUCCUGGCCAUGCUGCACAUGCAGAUGGGCCAGCCCGCCCUGCUCUACCUGGUGUCCAGCACGCUGCUCACCAGCCUGGCCGUGGCCGCCUGCCGCCAAGAGUUCACGCUCUUCUGGACAGGCCAGGUCAGAGCCAAGUGCCCUGCCCGGCUCCUGCCCGGGCAGUGCCGGGUCCCUGCGGCCAGCUCGGGGCGGAGGGGCCCGGCCAGUGAGCUGGAGGGCUCUGCCGAGCACCGGCCCCUGGCUGCAGGCGACAACCGGGAGGAGGAGGAGGAGGAGGAGGAGGAGGAGGAGGAGGAAGAGGAGGAGACAGCCGAGAUUAUCACCAUCUCCGAGGACGAAGCCAGCGGCCUGGGGAGCCCCAGUGAGAGCUCGGAGGGCUGGAGCGACACCGACCUAGACGCCGCGGCCGGGGCCUCCGACGAGCGGCUGCCGCUGGUGCCCGUGGCCAUGCUGAUACCGCUCGUGCCGCUGCUGCCCCCACCCUCGGAACUGGGCCACGCCCACCCACAGACCCAGGCCCGGGACACCAGCCUGCCCUGGAUGGGCUUCCACAAGAGAAGGGGCCUGCACGUGAAGAGGAGCAGAUCCAGCCAGGCGCCCCUGUGAGCGUGAGCGGCCGCCCCGUCACGCCCCUCGGCCCGACCCGGCGGGGAGCCACGGCGCGGAGAGAAAUCGGGGCAUUAAAGACAUUCACUACUCCCCCUGCCCUAGCUCUUUGCUUGCCAGGCCGUCGGGAGGCCUCACCAAACACGGCCGGGCUGGCACCGUGCCCCCCAACCUGGCAGGGGCACACACAGAUAGAGAGGCCCGCAGAGGGCCCGGGACCCGAACGGAACUUCAAGCCAAGUCAGGAUUCGCUUCCAGAACGUAACCGGGCAGCGGAUCCUUCCACGCCCACCCCAGCCCCAGCUCCCCGCCGUGGCCUUCCACAGCCCCUGCCCUGUCCUGCAGCCUCUGACCCCACUGCCCCCAUGCUCACGUGGCCACGCCACCCCUGCCACACCCUUGUUCUAGAACAUGCCCUCCC